UGUAGUAAUAAGAAAACACUGACCUACACCUUCCACGUUACAUGCCACAAACAAAUCAAAACCAGAUAUCCAACGCAUGUGCAAGCCUAAAACAAAACCAAAAUACUACAUUAAAAAAAAAAAAACAAAUAAACGGGCGCCAAAACAGCACACACACAUAGAAUGGGACGCACACAGCGGCAAAGACAACGUCGCAACUCUCAAACAACAACAACUACACCACCUGAUAAUGCCCUGCACGUGCUCUAUGGCCAACUUCAUGCACUGGGCUGGCGAAAUGAAACUCGUCUCUCAGCUUUGAAUUUCGCACAAACAGGACGUGGCUUGUGCUCCAAGAGUAAAAGUUUCCAAGCAGGUGAUGAACUUAUACGUCUGCCUGCCAGCUGCUUAAUAAGCAUAGCCACACUGGAAGCGGAUGAAGGCUUUAAGCAACUCUUCAAUAGAGAUUUGUUUGAUAAGGAUGCACGCAUAUCCUUUCAAGCGCUGGUUGCCUGCUAUCUACUGUAUCAGGGUCAUCUGUAUGAGUCUACAAACGAUUCUCCUUGGUCCGCCUACUUGGAUACUCUACCCAGCAGCUAUACGACACCCUACUUUUGUGCUAUCAACGAGCUACAGUGCCUGCCCGAAGCAUUGCUUGAACGCACAGUGGCGCAAAAUCGUCAGAUACGCGAAUAUUAUCAGUUGCUAAAGGCUCUAGUGGGUGAACAGCAUUGCAAGUGCUGUGGUCAACGCUACUGCGAGGACAUUUGGACUUUGGCGGCAUAUAAAAGAGCCUACUUCACGGUCAACACACGCAGUGUCUACAUUGAUGCAAGGCAACUGAAACAGACCAAAAGCCAUUUCCAAUUGUUGAUCAAUGGCAGCUCAAACUUAGCUCUGGCGCCAUUCCUGGAUCUAUUCAAUCACUCUGAUAGCGUGCAGACCACAGCGGUGCUCUACAGUAAAAGCCAAGAGUAUGUCCUUACUCUGGAAGCCUCUUCAAAGACCGUACUUAAGCCAUAUGAGCAGCUCUACAUCAGCUACGGAGCCUUGCCCAAUUUGAAGCUAAUCACCGAAUAUGGCUUUUAUUUGGAGCGCAAUGCGCACGACUACUUCGAAUUCUCGUUGCAGGACAUUGAGCAGCUAAUCGUACAUAACAAAGAGCUGGCAACGCAGAACUAUCAUCGCAAUAUCUUUAAGUUUAUCAGGGAGCAUAAUCUAAUGGAUCAGAUGUUUGUGCACAUCCAGGAUGGCUGCUCGCACAAUUUGCGCGUCGUGCUCCACCUGAUCUUCAAGCAACAGGCGUAUUUUCCCAAUGUGCUCAAUCAAAUUGCUUUCGGAGAUGUUGAACAAUUUAAUGAUGUGCAGCCGGAGCUUAGCUACUUGCUGACUUAUAAAAUGAAGGAGUAUCAAGGAUUUGUAGAUGCCCUGAGGCGACUAUCACAGCUCACGCAGAGCGGAACUGUUGCACUUGGCUACCUGAUAGAAUGUCUACGUUACCUGCGCGACUUUGAGCAGGCGCAUAGUUAAGGCUAAUUCUAAUUCUGUUUUUCAACAAUAAACUGUAUUCCACGCUCGCUAGAUCGAACGAUGAAUCACACAAUAAUUUUAUCAAAUCGAACAAGAAGGUAACACCAUUUACGCC